AUGUCUGUUUUUGAAGGAGUUGACAGUGAGGACGAGAUUUUGGAUUAUCUGAAACAACAUGGGGGCUAUGUUGAACCUGUUAUGGUUCCAUUCUUAGCGCAGCCUGAGCUGCUCAAUCAGCAAAUUGUGAAGAAAGAUAUUGAAUUCUUUUAUAAAGUUCCAUUCCUACCUCAACUUCAAGAGCUCUUGCGUUGCAGUGAUGUACUCCAUUGCGUUGACAACUCUAAAGAACCUGAAGAAUGGACAUACGAAUCAAUUUUGGAUGGUCUGAUCUACAAAUGUCAUCCUGUUGUGCUCAAGUUUGGUAACACUACCCUCUCAAUCUAUAUAUAUCAUGAUGGCGUUGAGCCUUCUGAUCUAGGCUCUGCACGGGUAGGCAAGCACAAUUUGACUUUUUUCUAUUGGAGUCUUGGAAAUAUUUAUCCGGAGUUGAGAUCUUCUGAUAAGGUUGUUCAGCUAUAUGUUAUAUGCAAGACACCUGAUCUCAAGAAGUAUGGCUACAAAAAAAUCAUGGAAGACUUUAUUGAAGGUAUAAAUAAGUUGUCAUCUGAUGAAGGAGUGACUUUCAAUAUAGAUGGACAGAAUAGGAUCUUUCAUGGCUUUUUGCAUUGUUGCCUAGGAGAUUACCCAGCGCAAGGUGCUAUUGGUGGAUUUAAGGAAUCAGUUUCAGCUGAAAAACCAUGUCGUGAAUGCAUGGCAUCGAAUGAAGAAGGCUACAUCAAAGCUACUAGUAUUAGUAACAUUCAGCUCAGGAACAAAAAUUUGCAUGAAUCUCAUCUCCAGGAACUUGACAAGUACAAUGCUCUGUCUAGCAAAGAAAAACUGAAAAGAAGAGAUCCAUCAGUGGAGUAUGGUGUUAAUAACAGAAGUGUCCUCCUAGACAUUAAAUACUUUGAUGUUACAAAACAGCUGCCACAGGAUCUCAUGCAUGACGUCAAUGAAGGCAUUUUGGAGUAUACUUGCAGAUUAGUUCUCAGACAUGUUAUUCUUGACAAGAAAGCCCUGCCAAUUUCGUUGGUCAAUGAACGCAUAGCCUCUCUGUCCAAGGCCUUUGAAUCUGAUAGACCAGGUGUAAUUCUCGAGGAUCACCUAGGCCCCACGAAGCAUUUGCGUCAAAGUUCUGCUCAAAUGCGAACUCUUUCUUUACUGCUGCCUUUUGUUCUACAAAAGGAGACAGCUGAUGGCAGCAUGGUGUUCAGUGGAGAUCAAGAAUAUUUGGAUUGCCUCAUUUGUGUGUUACAAUUUCUUCAGGUGUCUUCAGCCUUCAAGUUUCAUAUAACGGAUGUUGAAGUUUUGAGAAAAAAGAUUGAAGAGCUCCACGCCAUGAUCCUUGCCCUUGAUGAUGAAAUCAAUAUGGGCAAAUUACAUUUUUGCACCACCUAUGCGAUGGGAUUGCUUUGUUUGGAGUGCUUCGCCAAGUUGCAUGUUUUCGAUACUCUGGCGGUUCGUCAUCAAAUCUCCAAAUGCCGCCAAAUGAUGAAGAAGAAUUAUCUCUAUGAUGGUCAUGAGUGCACUCCUAAACAGGACGUGUCCAAAGCAGUCAACAGAAAUGUGAAUUUAAUCAAGGACUCUUUUCCUGACUGGCAAACUAUUGUAUUGGUAUCAAAGGUGGAUGAUCAGAUAAUGGAAAAGAUUGUUUUUACAAGUUUGAUUCAACACCGUUACACUGACAAAACGCAGCAGUAA